GUCUGGAGUUCACUUUGGAUUCCUGCAAUAAUGUCGAGCACAGUGAAGAGCCUCAAAGUCACCUACAACCCCAUAAAUGACACCAACACGUUCAGAUGCGGUGACCUGUUGACUGGCCGCGUGCAGCUGGAGGUGGCCAAACAAUGUGACAUCAAGUCACUGUUUAUCAAAUUCAAAGGGAAAGCAGAGGUGUUAUGGACGGAGAGACACGGACAGAGGACUGUGGUUUAUCACUCCAAGAACAAGUACUUCAGCGCCAAACACUACUUCAUUGGAGAAAAAGGCGACAACAGUACUGCCUAUAAAGGCCUCUUGGUGAAUAUCGCUGGUGACACAUACAGCAGUGUUGUCGCCCCUGGAGUCCAUGUCUACCCAUUCUCCUGUAGGAUCCCAGUAGGGAAUAUGCCAUCUUCGUUCGUAGGGCUAGGUGAAAUUGGUAAAAUUAUGUACUUGCUGGAAACCAGACUGAGCAGAGCCAUGAGGGUUGACAAGAAAGAUACAACCCAGAUCAACUUUGUGGCACAACCGAACAUGACCGACAUCCCACAGCUGAUGGUUCCACAGCAGGAGUCCACAGAAAAAAAACUGAAGUUUUUGAAUUCAGGAACAGUAGCCAUGGAAGUGAAUAUUGAAAGAAUGGGUUUCUAUCAAGGAGAGGAUUUAAAGGUUUCGGCCUUCAUUCAGAACAACUGUUCACGUGAAAUCAAGCCCAAGUACUGUAUAUACAGAAAGCACAGCUAUUUUGCAGGUGCGAAGAGGAGACUUUGUACAGAAAAGCUCGUCAAAGAGGUUGGGAAGCCCGUUCCUCCCUCUACCAGUGAAAAGGUCACACAGAUCCUUGUCAUUCCCCGUCAUUUAGAGCCGUCCAUUCUCAACUGUGAUAUCAUCAAGGCAGAGCACAGGCUAAGGGUCUACUUGGAUGUCAAAUAUGCUUCAGACCCAGAGACCAAAUUCCCGUUAGUCAUCUUAGAGGCUCCUCUGUUUCCUGAUGAGGCACCACCUGCUGCUGCUGCAGGAUUUGGAUUUGAAGCUUUUGGGAACCCAGACCUACCACAAUGGGGUCCUGAACCACAACAACAACCACUACCAUCAGCAGAGUCUCACUUUGAGGACUCUCCUCCUCCUUAUACAGCCAUUUAUUACCCUACCUUAAAAUAACACAUGGUGCAAUCCUGACUGUAUGUGCAAAACACACACAUUUCCAAGGAAGGUUGUAACUAUACUGCUUUCAGUCAUGAACUGCAGGAUCUUAUGUUACUGCAGUGCUUUGUGUACUGAAAUUACUUCUAUGAAUAGAACACAUUUCACUUGACAUCACAAUGACUCAUUUUUAUCGACUUCCAAUGAUGAAUGAAAUGUUUUUUUGGAAAGGAUGUUAUAAAAUGCAGUGAUGUGAAUGCAGAUCAACUGUACAGGUGCUUUGCUUAAUGUAAUUUCUAUUGAAAAUAAUGUUUUAACCCAAUGUUUUACUUUUUUAUUCUCUCUAUAUAGUUUGUUACACUGGUAUUUGGGAUGUAAUAAGGAUUUUAUUGAAUAUGAUUGUUUAUGUAUGACAGGUUUUUUCUCUAUUAACCUGGCACCAAAAGGAAGCUGGAGCAAAGGAGCAUGUGCACAUCUAAAAGAACAGGAAACAUGAUCAUUAACAUCUGACUGUUUUAUCUGUGGAAUAGAAUGUGUGAUGAUAGAUCACAAAUAACGUCUGGCUGACAAGAUGAUAGGCAGUUAAAACACCAGACACUUUGUCACUGAAUCACAGAUAUUUAUACCGACCUGUCUAUUCAUUAAUAUUAAUUAGUAAGGAGAAAAAAAAAAAAAAAACAUGGUAGGGAAUGUUUUUAAAUUAAAUGAGGGUUUCAGAAUUUGCGUCUGGUGGGUAGGGGCUACAUGUUUUACCCUCAUGUAGGCUAUGUUUACACUGCAGGUAAAACUGGCCCAAAUCUGCCUUUUUGCCCAUAUGAGACCCUAUAAAUGAUUGUUUAUGACAGUCUUACCAGCGCAAAGCUGAUUUUUUUCAAGUCAGAUCCAGGCUACUUUCAUACGUGGUCCUAAAUUGAGUACACGAGGUUUUUCAAUACAACUUAAGUGUGAACAAUCAUGUCACAUUUCAUCCAACUUUUUCAACAUUGAAAAGCAACGGAUGUUUGCAAACACAGUGUGCUGCAUAUGACGUCAUGUCUUCUGUACAUGGGAGUCACCUCAGGACCGUAGAUCGUUCACACAUGAGCGUGUGAUGUAUGUAGUACAGAGGCUGAACCCAAAUGCAAGACCAAUAGACAGACGUGAAGUAGAGUGUGUUUAUUGAACUCUUAAGGGAAAUGACAACACAGAUUAAUUAGUGAAUCUGCGGAGCCGCCGUGUCCGGGGCUUGACGUCUGGGCCGUGGGAGGGAUCAGCUGGCGACCAGCGUGGCCGGGCCGGGAAAAACCCAACGGAACCCCGACUAGGAAUAAGCAAAGGGAGGUCAAAAAACAGGCCAGGUCAGACACAGGAGAGCAGACCAGAAGGCAACGGAACAUGAGGGACAGGCAAAAACUCACGGUCAGUAAUCCAGGCGCAGGGUCGAAACACAGGUAAUCGGUGGAGGCUGAGGUACCAAAGGG